AUGGAGACCGACAUAUACACCUCUAACUCAGUCGGCCUGGAGGAGGAGCAGCAGGAUGGUGAUGCAUGGUCCAGUAAUGCAGCAUCACGGUACACGCCGUACUCUCUCGGGUUCCAAGUGUCUCUCGGUGCCUGCCUCAUGCUGGAGCUGGUGUUGGGUUUCAGCAGCAACCUGACAGUGCUGGUGCUCUACUGCUCCCAGUCUAAUUUAGUGGACUCAGUCAGCAACAUGGUGACGGUCAGUCUGCACGUACUUGAUGUGGCGGUGUGCGUGCUGUGUUUGCCUUUCACUCUGGUGGUCGUGCUGCUGCCCCCGGGGCCUAACCUGGCCGUGCUGUGCUGCUUUCACGAGGCCUGCGUCACCUUCGCCAGCGUCGCCACAGCCAUCAACAUCCUGGUCAUCAGCCUGGACCGGUACGACAUCUCGGUGCAUCCGGCCAACAGGCUGCUGACGACGCGCAGGGCGGCGCUGCUCCUCGCGGCCGUGUGGCUCACAUCAGUCGCUGUGUUUAUCAUCCCACUCCUGGAGGAUCAGUUGUCCAGUGGUGAGGCGACUGGGCAGAAAGGGCAAGAGACGCCUUUGUCUCUGUCCUCCAAAGGCAUCAGCGCCACGGGGGUGCUGGCGUGGCGGAACCGGACCCUCUUGUGCAUUGGUGGGAAGGGUGACCACUUGGGCCUAGGGACAUAUUACCACCUUAUUCUACAGGUUCCCAUAUUCUUCAUCACUGCCACAGUAAUGCUGUUCACCUAUUCCAGAAUCCUGAGGGCUUUAAACUUCCGAAUUGGCACCCACAUGAAGAAGACCCAGAGGUUCAUAGGCCCCUCCUGCUCGGGCGUCCACAAGAAAUCCCCCAAAAAGAAGACCAAGCUCAGAAUGAUUAGCAGUGGCAAGCCACAAGGGGAGCAAUGUACCACAGAUGCCACGAAACAACUCAGCCACCCUCCCCUCAUACCUUUUUCAUCUCCCACUCCCACAGCAACCUCCCCCCCUGCCCUGUCUUCUUCUGCCCCACUGGUCACGUCCGACGCAGGUGCUUCCACCCCUAUGCCGGCCACAAUGCGCGUCCAGGCCUCCGUGUCAGCCAUCAUUGCCCUGCGGCGCGCAGUGCGGAGACACAGAGAUCGGCGAGAGCGCCAGCGGCGGGUUUUCAGGAUGUCCCUCAUCAUCAUCGCCACCUUCCUCGGUUGCUGGGCUCCCCUGUCUGUGGUCAACAUGCUAAUCCUGGUCAUGGGCCCCAGUGAGCCCCUGGUCAGCGUGCGCCUGUGGUUCUUGGCUCUGGCCUAUGGCACCACAGUGUCCCACCCUCUGCUUUACGCCUUCACGCGGCAGAAGCUGCGACGUGCCCUCCGGGCCAAGGUUAAAAAGAGGGUGGUCUCCUUGCUUCAGGUGGACCCUUCACCAGGCGGCACUGUCAUCCACAAUUCCUGGGUGGAAAACAGAAAACACAGCCGGCAGGUGCGACUGGAAGCGAGCGAAGGUUCUGACCGCUGCCUGGCAGAGGCACUGUGA